AGCGCUUGUAAGGCACUAGGAAAAGCAGCGUACGCGGACGCGGCCCCUACGUCGCGCGUUACCGCUUUUAGCGCUGGUUCACUACUUUCCAAGAGCUCAGCCCAGCCCCAGUUCAACGCCGCCGCCGCGCGCGCGCCAGCCGAGGCGCCCCCCACGCUGCUCGAGACACAUCGACGCACGCGCACGCGGACGCCGAUUCUCGACGCCGCCGCCGCGCGCUACGUUAGACAGCCAUGGGCGAGCGGAAAGUGCUUAACAGAUACUUCCCGCCGGACUUCGACCCGCUGCUCGUGCCGAAGCGGAAGUACGACCCGUACAAACAAGUAGAAGUACGCAUGAUGAUCCCCUUCUCGCUGCAGUGCAUCAAGUGCGGCGAGUACAUGUACCGGGGCAAGAAGUUCAACUCGCGCAAGGAGGACGUGAUUGGCGACGACUAUCUGGGCAUAAAGAAGUACCGGUUUUAUAUAAAAUGCUGCGUCUGCAACAACGAGAUCGCGUUCAAGACGGACCCGAAGAACCAGGAUUAUGUGUGUGAGAGCGGUUUGCGUUCGGCGUCCUGGUUAUUUGCUUACGCGAUGCGCCUCCGCCGAGAGAGUUCGGGACCGCCCGCACGCCAUCGACGCGACACGCUACGCAGGCGCCACGCGCAACUUCGAGUCCUGGCGCCAGCAGGACGAGGCCGAGGAGAAGUUCGAGGGCGAGCGGAAGGAGGCCGCCGAGGCGAACGCGAUGUCCGCGCUCGAGUCGAAGACGCUGGACUCGAAGAUCGAGAUGGACAUCUUGGACGCGCUCGACGAGAUCAAGGCCUACAACGAGCGCCACGAGCGCGUCGAUAGGGCGGAGCUCGGGUCCGCGCAGAAGCCCGCUGAUGAAAUGAGCGCGAAGGAGCGCGACGAGAUGGCCGCGUUCAAGCGGGCCCAGGCCGCGCGCGCCGUCGACGCGAAGCCGCCGCCACUACAAGGGUCGUCGUCGGACGAGGCCGUUCCAGCGCCGCCGCCGACGCUCGCCGCGCCGGAACCCGCGCGGCCGCCGUCGCCGCCCGCGCCCGUCGUGCUGAAGCGGCGUUUGGCUGAUGCGCCGCCGCCCGUCGAGAAGAAGCCCAAAUUGGGGGGGUUGGUGGCGUACUCGUCGUCGUCGAGUUCGGAGGGUGAGGGGGCUUCGUAAGGUUUGUGUUUGGA